GUGGUAAAAGUGGGGAGUCACUCUCACCGUUAGUGAUCGUGUCCCGGUCCGACCGACUCGCCUUUUCGAUCUUACCAGACGCGAGUUUGCUUUGUUGAGUUUGUCGAACUUUCCAUGUCGAAGAUCCAUACAGGGUUUGAAAACAUUCAAACAGUUUUCGAAUAUUGGCUAUCGUUCCUGAUUAAUUUCUAUAGUAGAGGAUCGAUUGAUCGAAUUAUACGAUGGAAAUUUUCGAGAAUCGUUCAAACUUUGAUUGCGAUCUCGAUUAUGUGCCCUCUGCGAUCGAGCAUGUAGAAAGUUUAGGUACAUUUGCAAUUGUCCUGGUAUGCAUUGGAGCAAUAUUUUCAACUAUGACGUUAUACUUGGCUAUAGAUGCUACUUGCAACGUUCUUUCGCAAAAAGAAACGGGUCUUUACAAAUCUAAUAUCAUUAGCAUUUUCUCGAUAUAUCCGAUAGCGAGUAUUUGCAGUUUGAUAGCGAUAGCGAUGCCAAGGGCACAAUUAUUAUCGGAGGCGGUCACUCAAGUUUUCUUGACAGUGUCUUUUUAUCGUCUGUAUCUUCUUCUUAUCGAUGUUGGUCGUCGAAAAAUAACUAAAGCGCCCUCGUUGAUGCUGAAAGUUGGCCCUUGCUGUUGCUGGCCAUGCUUACCCUUUCCUAAUCUCGAUAUGAUAGAUUCUCGUUUAACUUGGAUUCGAUUGAUUAUUCUUCAACUUCCUAUUAUACAGGGUUUACUAUACUUCAUCAUGCUAAUUAUGGCUUUGGACGAAGGAUAUACAUUACCAACGUACUCUGAAUGGUUUCAACCAUUCAUUGUGAUUAGUAUACUAUUUGCAUUGUAUGGUUUAACAAUCACCACGAAAAGUCUACAUGCCGUAGCUCCAGAAGCCAAACUGAACUUUAAGACUUCGGUGUCUCAGAUGGUCUUGAUGUUUUCCAAAGCCCAAGCUGGUAUUAUUAGGAUUCUCACUUAUACCGGCAUCUUUCCUUGCAGGCCACCAUUGUCACCGAAAAUUUAUUCCAAUGUGACGCAAAAUACCCUGAUGCUAAUCGAAAUGCUGCUGCUCUGUGUUGCGGCGAGAUAUCUUUAUUAUGUCGACCUGGAAGGAAAACAAAAUUCGUUGACGACAGAUCGGCCAAAAGACAAGCCGCACAGUAUGACGAAUAACAAGGACUUACCUGAACAAGUUUCAACAAAGAUCGCUAUUGUGUAUAACUCCUGAAUAAUGAGAACAAUCUUUUUAUUACUUAUUUGUUUCAAGAGGAAUAGAGAGAGAGAGAGAGAGAGAGAGAGACUUUUUAAAAAUCUUUUAGCCGCUGAAUAUGCAAUUUGUGCAAUUUUUCGAUCGAAUCUUACCUUGGAAAAAUUCUUACUUUAGUGUCGUUAUUAUUUUUUUUACAUGAAAAUAGAUGCACUUUUUUUAUAGAUUGUUAAUAAUUUUUACUAAGUAGUUGAAUUUUUAUUAAAAGACAAAUAAGUGAUCUUCUAUAAAAAGAAAACUUAUAGGCACGUUCCUAUAUAACAAAGUAAAUUAUUUCUUACUUAGCAAAGCAUAUACUGGUGUUUAUUAAUCUUACUGAGAUAAUUUACAAUUAGUACGAAAUCUAUAAAAAAAAAGAGAUCACCUAAAAGAUGAAUCGUAUUUAUUCCAUUUUAUACAAUAUUCCUUUUUAUACUAGAUACAUUUUUUUAUAGUACUGAUAAAAAAGAGAAGAAAUAGAAAAAAUGUGUGAUACCGAACGAUUAAGGAAAAAAGCGACGAUCUGUAAAUUAUUAUAGAAUAAUGGCUAUAUUAUAAUAAUUAAUAAGUCUUGGUAAAAAGCAAAGUCUUCAAAAAAUAAAGGGAGAGAAAAUGUUUAUAUUCUCCAGUACGAAGAUUAUCGCGAAAUGAAAAAAGGAGAGAGGACUCGAAGCCAAAUGUUUUUCGAGUUUCUUCUCGCAGAUGAAAAGAAAGGAUGGAGAUACUUAAGUACUUGGUGACGGAUGGUGAAAUUCGAGAAUAUAACUUUGCAUUAUCAGUUGGAGAACUUUCGGGGUCUCGCGUCCUUGAAAGGAAAAAAGUCUGAACUCUGAUGUAUCUUGACGAAGGAGCCAGGAAAUGGCGUAUAAGAUAAAUGUAGAACUUCUGAUAAUGCAGCCACUUCUUUGGCCAUUAUCUCCGACAUUACCUUCGAGCUCGACGAUUGGAUUUAUUUUAUUGCCGACGAAAGUUUAUAAGAGAAAGAGAGACUCGACUUUUAGCGAGAUUUUGUUUCUUUCUUUUCGUCGAAUGCUCAUCCUUAUUUUAAAACUUUAUAACCUUAGAUAUCAUACGUUUUAAAGUGGCUUAAUACACGAAUAUACGCAUAUUGUAAAUAAUUGUUUAAUAAUAAUAUAUCAUAGUAUAAUAUGGAGUAUAAUAAUAUAUUAUAAUAUGGAUUAGAAAUGUAUA